CCUCCACGCCGCGCUCAGUGCGGCCAGACCUUGAGCCGCGACCUCCGGUACAGGUGGUCGCUCCGGUCUCUGCCAAAAUGUUGCCCAAAGUUCUUCCAGUCCUCCUCGCCAUCUUAUUGAUCCUCCAGUCAAGGGUCGAGGGACCUCAGACUGAAUCAAAUGAUGAAGGCUCUGCACAUGAUGUCGUCUAUGGCCCCCUGCCCCAGCUUCUGGAAAAUAAGCUUCUCUCUGAGAAAGCACAGUCAACUAAGACUGAGACUAGGCGCAGAGUGGGCAAACUGCCACAAGCCUCUCGCAUCCUGAACACUAUCCUGAAUAAUUAUGACCACAAACUGCGCCCUGGCAUUGGAGAAAAGGCCACUGUGGUCACUGUUGAGAUCUCUGUCAACAGCCUUGGUCCUCUCUCUAUCCAGGACAUGGAAUACACCAUUGACAUCAUGUUCUCCCAGACCUGGUAUGAUGAACGCCUCUGUUACAAUGACACCUUUGAGUCUCUUGUUAUGAGUGGCAACGUGGUGAGCCAGCUAUGGAUCCCAGACACCUUUUUUAGAAAUUCUAAGAGAACCCAAGAGCAUGAGAUCACGAUGCCCAACCAGAUGGUCCGCAUCUACAAGGAUGGCAAGGUGCUGUACACAAUUAGGAUGACCAUUGAUGCUGGAUGCUCACUCCACAUGCUGAGAUUUCCAAUGGAUUCUCACUCUUGCCCUCUGUCUUUCUCUAGCUUUUCUUAUCCUGAGAAUGAGAUGACCUACAAGUGGGAAAAUUUCAAGCUUGAAAUCAAUGAGAAGAACUCCUGGAAGCUCUUCCAGUUUUAUUUUACAGGAGUGAGCAACAAAACUGAAAUAAUCUCAACCCCAGCUGGUGACUUCAUGGUCAUGACGAUUUUCUUCAAUGUGAGCAGACAGUUUGGCUAUGUUGCCUUUCAAAACUAUGUCCCUUCUUCCAUGACCACGAUGCUCUCCUGGGUUUCCUUUUGGAUCAAGACAGAGUCUGCUCCUGCCCGGACUUCUGUAGGGGUCACCUCUGUUGUUACCAUGACCACGUUGGGCACCUUUUCUCGUAAAAAUUUCCCGCGUGUCUCCUAUAUCACAGCCUUGGAUUUCUAUAUCGCCAUCUGCUUCGUCUUCUGCUUCUGCGCUCUGUUGGAGUUUGCUGUGCUCAACUUCCUGAUCUACAACCAGACCAAAGCCCAUGCUUCUCCAAAACUCCGCCAUCCUUGUAUCGAUAGCCGUGCCCAUACCCGUGCCCGUGCACGUGCCCGAGCCUGUACCCGACAACAUCAGGAAGCUUUUGUGUGCCAGAUUGUCACCACUGAGGGAAGUGAUGGAGAGGACCGCCCGUCUUGCUCAGCCCAGCAGUCCCCUAGCCCAGGUAGCCCUGAGGGUCCCCGCAGACUCUACUCCAAGCUGGCCAUCUGUGAGUGGUGCAAGCGUUUUAAGAAGUACUUCUGCAUGGUUCCUGAUUGUGAGGGCAGUACCUGGCAGCAGGGCCGCCUCUGCAUCCACGUCUACCGCCUGGAUAACUACUCGCGAGUUGUUUUCCCAGUGACCUUCUUCAUCUUCAAUGUGCUCUAUUGGCUUGUUUGCCUUAACUUGUAGGUGCCAGCUGGUACCCUGUGAGGCAACCUCCCCAGUUCCCCAGGAGGCCCAAGCCCCUUGCCAAGGGACUUAGGCGAAAGCAGCAGCAGCAGGAGCAACUAGAGAUUUUCCUGCCCCCUUCCCUAAACGGAAGCCUAUAGAGGGUUUGUCUUUGCUGCGCCUCUCCCCAAUCUGGCUCAUUCACUGAGUCUCCUUGGUAGCCCGUUUCAAAUUAUUAAUAAAUGGGCCACCUUCCUCUUCUUUAGGGACCGUCUGUGAUCCUCAGUCUUAAAAAUCAUAGGCACCUAGUGAUCAGCUCCCCAAAACCAUGCCUAUGUACAGGCGGAUUAACUAUCUUUCAACAGUGCUGACAACCACUGCAUUUUUCCAGAAGCCCACUAUUGCCUUUGUAGUGCUUUGGGCCCAGCUCUGGCCUCAGCCUCAAAGUGCACCAACUAGUUGCUUCUCUAUACCUGACACCUCAUUAAGAUGCUGGGCAGCAGUGUAGCAGGAGGAAGGGAUCCCUACCCUUUGGUCAGAUUAUUAUGUUAUUGGUUCUCUCUCCCUGCUAUCCCUUUCUCUACAGAUAGAUAGACACUGGCAUUAUGGCAUUAUCCUUUUAGAAUGAGGGUGGCAGCAAGACAGCCUAUUUGGGACAGCAUUCCUCUCUCUGCUGCUGUGACAUCUCCCUCUCCCUGCUGGCUCUGUCUUUCAUCCUUACUACUAAUUCAAUGCCCUUCAUCCAAUGGGUAUCUAUUUUUGUGUGUGAUGAUAGUAACUACUCCCUGCUUUAUAUGCCACCUUCUUCCUUCUCUUUGACCCCUGUGACUUUUCUGUAACUUCCCCAGUGACUUUCCCUAGCCCUGACCCAGGUACUUGGCCUUGGUGACUUCCUGGGGCCAAGAAACUAAAGAAACUUGGCUUUGCAGCAGGCAUUACUCACCAUUGAUUUGUGCCCACCUAAGGCACACCAUAGGAGUUCUAUCAGUUGCAUGGCCCCUGGACCCAUGAGCCAGUCCACCGUUAUACCUGGGGCACUCUAACAAUUACAGUCAAUCAAUUGAAUUCCCUUAAAUUUGUCUGGCACUGGAACUUUGGCAAAGCAUUUUUGACAAAUUGUGUCUAUUUGGAGCUUCAUGAUAGCCCUGUGACAUCUUUAGGACAGGAUUAUUAUCCCCAUUGUGCAGAUGGAAACCCUGAGGCACAGAUUUCUAUGGGACUGUGGAUCUCACUGGAAGCUACCCAAGAGCCUACUGUUGCCUUCUAGACCACAUGACAGGGGUAGGCAGCUCAGUUCACCAUGAUUCUACUCUGUCACCUCUGCUGGUACUGCAGUGGCAGGGCCCACAAUGGCGCCGUCUCUUUAGCUCAAUUUCUGAACCUUAGGUGCUCAGACUGCCCCCAAGAUCAGAUCUCUCCUGGCUCUAGUAACCCAGUAGAAUGAAUUUUGAUAUGCCCCAAUGCUUGUAUAUGCUAAGUCAAUCUGUGUUUGUAAUUCUGUAAUUUAUUGGGGGGUGGAUAGGGUGGGAUCUCCAUCUACUUUUUGUCACCAUCAUCUGAAAUGGGGAAAUAUGCUAAUAAAUAUAUCAGUGAAGCA